AUUCUCCCUCUCUCCCAGGUCCAAGCAGUCCCCUCGACCACCAUGGCUGCAGCCUGGGUCCCGGUUCUCGGCCUCGGUGUCUGUCUGCUGCUGCUGCUGCUGCUGCUGCCGGAGCCCGCUUUCAGCGAGGGAGCUGUUCCCAUCGCUAUCACAUGCUUUACCAGAGGCCUGGACAUUAGGAAAGAGAAAGCAGAUGUCCUCUGCCCAGGGGGCUGCCCUCUGGAGGAAUUCUCCGUGUUUGGGAACAUAGUAUAUGCUUCUGUGUCAAGCAUAUGUGGAGCCGCUGUCCACAGGGGAGUAAUCAGCAACUCAGGGGGAACUGUACGCAUCUAUAGCUUACCAGGUCGAGAAAACUAUUCCUCAGUAGUUGCCAAUGGUAUCCAGUCUCAAACACUUUCCAGAUGGUCUGCUUCCUUCACAGUCACAAAAGGCAAAAGUGGUACACAGGAAGCCACAGGACAAGCAGUGUCCACAGCGCGUCCACCAACAGGUAAACGACUAAAGAAAACACCUGAGAAGAAAACUGGCAAUAAAGACUGUAAAGCAGACAUUGCAUUUCUGAUCGAUGGAAGUUUUAAUAUUGGGCAGCGCCGAUUUAAUCUACAGAAGAAUUUUGUUGGGAAAGUGGCUCUAAUGUUGGGAAUUGGAACAGAAGGACCACAUGUGGGCCUCGUUCAAGCCAGUGAACAUCCCAAAAUAGAAUUUUACUUGAAAAACUUUACAUCAGCCAAAGAUGUUUUGUUUGCCAUAAAGGAAGUAGGUUUUCGAGGGGGUAAUUCCAAUACAGGAAAAGCCUUGAAGCAUACCGCCCAGAAAUUCUUCACAGCAGACACUGGAGUGAGAAAAGGGAUCCCCAAAGUGGUGGUGGUAUUUAUUGAUGGCUGGCCUUCUGAUGACAUUGAGGAAGCAGGCAUUGUGGCCAGAGAGUUUGGUGUCAAUGUAUUUAUAGUUUCUGUGGCCAAGCCUAUCCCAGAAGAACUGGGGAUGGUUCAGGAUGUUGCAUUUGUUGACAAGGCUGUCUGUCGGAGUAAUGGCUUCUUCUCUUACCACAUGCCCAACUGGUUUGGCACCACGAAAUAUGUAAAGCCUCUGGUACAGAAGCUCUGCGCUCAUGAGCAAAUGAUGUGCAGCAAGACCUGUUAUAACUCAGUGAACAUUGCCUUUCUAAUUGACGGCUCUAGCAGUGUUGGAGACAGUAAUUUCCGCCUCAUGCUUGAAUUUGUUUCCAACAUAGCCAAGACUUUUGAAAUCUCAGACAUUGGUGCCAAGAUAGCUGCUGUACAGUUUACCUAUGAUCAGCGCACAGAAUUCAGUUUCACUGACUAUAGCACCAAAGAGAAUGUCCUAGCGGUUAUCAGAAACAUCCGCUAUAUGAGUGGUGGAACAGCUACUGGUGAUGCCAUUUCCUUUACUGUUAGAAAUGUGUUUGGUCCCAUGAGGGAUAGCCCCAACAAGAACUUCCUGGUAAUUGUCACAGAUGGGCAGUCCUAUGAUGAUGUUCGAGGCCCUGCUGCUGCUGCACAUGAUGCAGGUAUCACCAUCUUCUCUGUUGGUGUGGCUUGGGCCCCUCUGGAUGACCUGAAAGAUAUGGCCUCAAAACCAAAGGAGUCACAUGCUUUCUUCACAAGAGAGUUCACAGGAUUAGAACCAAUUGUUUCCGAUGUCAUUAGAGGCAUUUGUAGAGAUUUCUUAGAAUCCCAGCAAUAAUGGUGAUAUUUUUUGACAACUAAAAGAAAAUGCAAGGGGAUAUAAUGUAUAAGUUUAUUCUCCUAAUAUUGAAAUACUAUAGCACAUACUAGGAUCAUAUACAAAACUAUUAAAGAUGGCAACAGCUGUUUUAAGCAAAUAAGCUUUCAUUUGAAGCUACUACCUUCCAAUUACAAUUUAGACUUAAUUGUUCAACACUCUGCUGAGGCUUCAUGAUUAUGACCCUUAGAGACUCAGGAAAAACGAUCCUGGAUUAAAAUCUUAAGAGUUGUAUUCUAAUAUGCUUAUUAAAUGCAUAGAUAUGCAGGUUGCAUAACUCAAUAAAAGAAUCUAAUACUUAGACCAAAA